GGGUCCCGGCCCGGGAUGGCGGCGGCGGCGGCAGCAGCUCACGGACGGGCAGACAGGGGAGGGGUGGCGUUCCCCGGCGCUGGGGAGGCGGCCAUCUUGAAGGCUGGCAGCUGCCGCCGACUCGGCCAGCUUUCAAGAUGGCUGAUUCCGCCUUCUGCCGGCACUUCCGGUUUCUCUCAGGGCCCGGCUGCCGUUAGUCCCGCUGCUCGCCUCGGCGAGGCCCUGUCUCGCUGCCCGGUCCGCAGCGGCCUCGCGUCUCAGUGCCCGCUGGGCGGGAGUCUCCGAGCCUGGCGGUCGCCGCGGGACAUGGCGCUGCUGCAGCUGCUGCUCAGGGGCCCCCGCUGGCGGCGGCUCGGCCUAGCGGGGCCCGCCCGGGGCUGGGGCCGGCCUCGGGGCGGCGAAGUGCUCCCGACCCUUCUGUCCCGAACACUUUCCCCCACAUUUCAAGGGCUCAGUGGACUCUUAGUGAAGCAACAUGUAAUUCGGGAUCCAGUAAGACUCUGGAAACUCUUAGGUAGCACUUACUAUUUUAGUACCUCGGGGUCUCGGUGGAAUAGCAAUAAGAAUGAAGGAUCCAAAGGGAAGUCUCCAGAGGAGGAUGAGGAGGAAAAGAAACGUAAGGAACGGGAAGAUCAGAUGUAUCGUGAGCGUUUGCGGACGCUCUUCCUAAUAGCUGUCGUCAUGAGCCUGUUAAACUCACUGACCAUCAGCGGGGUCAACAUUUCCUGGAAUGACUUUGUGAAUGAGAUGCUGGCGAAAGGGGAGGUCCAGAGCAUUCAGGUGGUUCCAGAGAGUGAUAUUGUGCAAAUCUAUCUGCACCCAGGAGCAGUUGUAUUUGGACGGCCUAGGCUUUCCCUGAUGUACAGGAUGCAGGUGGCAAAUAUUGACAAGUUUGAAGAGAAGCUGCGAGCAGCGGAGGAGGAGUUGAAUAUUGAUGUGAAGGACAGGAUCCCAGUCUCCUACAAGCGUACAGGCUUCUUUGGAAAUGCCCUUUAUGCCCUUGGAAUGGCAGCUGUUGGUGUAGCCAUAUUGUGGUACAUCUUCCGCCUUGCUGGGAUGGCAGGAAGGGAAGGAGGAUUCAGCGCCUUUAACCAGCUGAAAAUGGCUCGCUUUACCAUUGUGAAUGGGAAGUCUGGGAAAGGGAUCAGCUUCAAGGAUGUAGCAGGAAUGCAUGAGGCCAAAAUGGAGGUCAAGGAAUUUGUGGAUUAUCUGAAGAGCCCAGAGCGCUACCUCCAGCUUGGGGCCAAAGUGCCCAAAGGUGCCUUGUUACUUGGACCACCAGGCUGUGGAAAGACCUUGCUGGCAAAGGCAGUGGCUACAGAAGCACAAGUGCCGUUCCUGGCGAUGGCCGGCUCUGAGUUUGUGGAGGUAAUAGGAGGUCUUGGAGCUGCUCGUGUACGGAGCCUUUUCAAAGAAGCCAGGGCUCGUGCCCCGUGUAUUGUGUAUAUUGAUGAAAUAGAUGCUGUGGGUAAGAAACGCUCAACCAACAUGUCCGGCUUUUCCAAUACUGAGGAGGAGCAGACCUUAAACCAGCUGCUGGUAGAAAUGGAUGGGAUGGGAACCACAGAUCAUGUCAUAGUGUUGGCUUCCACCAACCGUGCUGACAUCUUGGAUAAUGCUCUGAUGAGACCCGGGAGGCUUGACAGACACAUUUUUAUUGAUCUUCCCACACUUCAGGAGAGAAGAGAGAUCUUCGAACAGCACCUGAAGAGUCUGAAGCUGACCCAAGCUGGCAGCUUCUAUUCCCAGCGCCUGGCUGAGCUCACCCCGGGGUUCAGUGGCGCUGACAUAGCAAACAUCUGUAACGAGGCGGCUCUCCAUGCUGCCAGGGAGGGCUAUAAAUCCAUUGAUACUUUCAACUUUGAGUAUGCUGUAGAGAGAGUCAUUGCAGGCACUGCCAAAAAGAGUAAGAUCCUGUCACAGGAAGAGCGGAGGGUAGUGGCUUUUCACGAGUCAGGCCAUGCGCUGGUUGGCUGGCUGCUGGAACACACAGAGGCUGUGAUGAAGGUUUCCAUAGCCCCUCGAACAAAUGCUGCCUUGGGGUUUACUCAGAUCCUCCCGAAAGACCAGUACCUCUUCACCAAGGAGCAGCUGUUUGAGAGGAUGUGCAUGGCGUUGGGAGGGAGAGUGUCUGAAGCCAUCACCUUUAACAAAGUCACAACGGUGGCCAAUGCCAGGUGCCCCAGAGGGAAUGAACAGAAUAGGCGAUCAUCAGGAGCAGAGGAUGACCUGAGGAAAGUGACCAAGAUAGCCUAUUCGAUGGUGAAGCAGUAUGGAAUGGUGCCCAGCAUUGGGCAUCUUUCUUUCCCAGAGUUGGAGCGCACGCCCGGGGUAGGUCGGCGCCCCUUCAGCCAGGGCCUUCAGCAAAUGAUGGACCAUGAAGCAAAAGUGCUGGUGGCUCAAGCAUAUAGGCACACAGAGAAACUCUUACUGGACAACCGGGACAAACUGCAAACGCUGGCGAAUACCCUCCUGGAGAAGGAAGUGAUAAACUAUGAGGACAUGGAAGCCCUGAUUGGGCUGCCUCCUCACGGGCCAAAGAAAAUGAUCGUUCCUCAGAGCUGGCUUGAAGCAGAGAGAGACAAACAAGACACAGGUGAUGAAGAACCACCCCAGCAACCCCAGACCCGGGAAGAGGAGGAGGAACCCAGUUUAAGACCAGUAUGAAACCCAUUCCUAAUCCGGAAUGGGAGAGGAGGGCUUUAGAGGCUUCCUUCCAGCACUAUACCGGGGUCCUUCCCCUUUCAGCUGCAAGGUCAAAGGCACUGAGAGACCAGAGCAAGGAAUCUUUGUGUUGUCAAUAUCCUGCCCCAACUUCUGGGUGUCUCAGAGGGAGGCUGUCUUCAGGGAGGGAUUCUGCAGCUGGUUAUCUCUGGGGUUGGGGAUUCCUGAUGCAAGCACAGAUAUAGUUGGUCAUGUAAGGCAGAAAGGGGUAAUACAUGGGUUCAGAAUUAAUUUAAAUGCUAAAAUCUCUUUUGAGCUCAUCACAGUGUAAACGCUCAGCAUCUGUGCUGUGACAUGGGUGUGCGCUGCCAUUCCUUCCCACGCCACAGCUUCAGAAGUGUCUCUCUGUCGGGCACAAUCAUGGAGUCCACUCGGAAGGGCUCAAGGCAGUUUAAGACACAGUAUUUUCUACAUGACUUGUCUGUACGCUUUGAUUAUCUCUGCUCAGAGUUUAAAAAUAUACUGACUGAGAGAACAAGGUUCACUGGAGUAAAAUGGUCUUUACGCAUUGUUAUAUCGACCAUAUUAAUAAAUGCAGGAGGAUGGGGCAUUCUAACAUGUACAUGAGACCUGUUAUGACAAGUACGCAGUUCUGCAGAUUUAGGGGCUUCCUCUGCCAGUUGAUCUCUCUGAUAGCUCUGUGCAUGUCUCUAUGGGGAUGUUUUGGUUGGUUUGGGGUUAUCAGUUCGUGGAUUAUCAACACUGUUUUUGAGUUAUCAGUUUGUGUGCAGGUACUGGCCAACCCACAUGUCUAAAAUCCAGUCUAGGAUCUACUUUUACAUCAGAAGCCCAUUUUCCAGAUCAGGACUCUGAACACAAGUGCAUUGAGAGGCUGAGUCUAGAUGUACUGUUUCUUUUCUCAGUAGGAACUUGAGAAGCACCUUUCAGUAAAGACUCUGGGAUGGAAGCCCGUGUGUUCAUUUGCAUUGCUUUCUACAGGGGGCUUUGGACUGAACUCCUUUACUUGUGUUCAGACCUUUAAGUCCUCUGCAGAAGAACCUUGUUGUGGCAUGAUCAUUCUCACUCCACAAUGAGAGCAUCUGAAAUAUCUGUGCAUUGAUAUCUGGAGUAUUUUGCUGGCUGGCUGUAUAGUGUGCCCUUUUCUCUUACUGAGGAUUAUUCCAUGAGGAUUAUUGUCUGUGUCCCUGAAAGGCCCCAGUCCAGAUGCUCCCCCACCCCAGUUUCUUCUGUAGGGGACUAAGAGGUCUGAACGCAAGUGAAGGACUUCAGUCUACAGCCCCCUGUAGAAAUCAGUGCAAAUGAACACGCCUCGCAUUAUUGCCAUCAGACUUCCAUUUGUGGAGAACUAGACAAGACUUUUGAGGCAGCGGAUGUUGUGUUGUUCAGAUGAAAAGGAUCAGGGGUGGCUCCAGGGUUUUUGCCGCCCCAAGCGGCGAAAGGGAGAAGGGGGGAAAAAAAAGGCCACGAUUGGCGGCAGCUCCACCGCGCCGCUUUCUUCUUCAGCGGCAAUUCGGUGGCAG